GGUAUAGAAGAUCGAGCAGGAGAGAAAAGGCGCGCGCGGUAAAAGGAGCAAGAAAGCACGAGAAAAAGCGAGCAAGCGAGAAAGAAAUCAAGGAAGUAACGCGUGAGUUACGUCACGCGCGUUCCGUGAAACUCUAGCCAGGAUUGGUCAAAUGAGCGGUUUUGUUUGUGAGCCAACCUAUCAGAGAGCUCGUUAGACAGGAAGGAUGUUUGUACGGUCGCCUGGAGGCGCAGCCAUGUUGGGAACAUUAGAAGGGAACCAACACCACAACCAGAAAGACGGGAACAUCUAGGUUCGGCAGCGGCGUGUCUUAACACCUUAACACCACCACCAUGGCUGACCCGGAAAAACAGCCCGAACAACCAAAGGCUGGCCAGCAGAAGCUGAUCAUCGCUAACAAAGUGACCGGGACUGUGAAGUGGUUCAACGUGAAGAGUGGGUAUGGAUUCAUCAACAGGAAUGACACCAAGGAAGACGUGUUUGUUCAUCAAUCAGCCAUCGUGAAGAACAAUCCGAGAAAGGCUGUACGCAGUGUCGGUGAUGGAGAAGUUGUCGAAUUUGACGUGGUAAUAGGCGAAAAAGGUCACGAAGCGGCCAACGUUACUGGUCCAUCCGGGGAAGCAGUAAAAGGUUCGCCUUAUGCUGCCGAUAAGCGACGCGGAUAUCGCGGAGGUCAUUGGUACAUCAGUCAAAGACGUGGGAACACUCGAACUCAACGCAGACCUAGAGAAGGUCAGGAUGGUUAUGAAACUGGUGAGGGUAAGACCGGGGACGAAGGAAACGUCGGCGAGGGUGGCGGACAACAACGACGUUACAGAGUUCGACGACAGUACGACGGCUACUAUCGUGGAUCACGCCGUUCUGGUCCGUCCGCGCAACAGCAAGGGGAUAACUCUGGCGAAGGUGGCGAGCAAGGUGGCGAGACUGGCGGUGACGGUGGCGUGCCACGUGGUGGCGGCCGUGGACGCGGAGGACCUUCUCGUCGUUACUUCCGCCGUAAUUUCCGUGGAGGAAGAGGUGGCGGACCUCCGCGUCGUCCUCGUAGCCAGGACGGCCAAGUAAAAUCGGAGCAGAAGUCGGAUGCACCUAAAGAUAAGGAUGCACUUGUCGAUGUCCCUGCUCCACAGGAAAGUCAGCCGGUCCAAAACACCACCACCGAAAGCACCGCUUAACCACAAGAGUAAUGGUACCACUACAACAAAAACACUCCUUUUAAUAUAUAACACCAACACCCGUUAUACACUGAAGCAACAGCAUCGACAACAACCGCAGCAGCAACAAUGUAACAUAACAAUUGAAAAAGUUAAAAAAAAAAAAAAAA